GUGAAGUAGUUCGCAGGCUCGGGCAUAAAAUUAGCUCUUUUUUUAAAAAAAUUUUUAUACAUGUUCAUCGCAGUUGCCUUCGAUUUUUCCACUUUCUGGGCCCUAAUAAGCAUUCUUGUCAAUUUCUUGAUUGUUGGUGGGAUCCAAAAUCCACUAAGAGGGCUAGAUGGUUGAGUCAGUCCACUGAUCCAUUGGCGGCAUAAGUACCGGAAAAAAGCAAAGGCUGUUAGGUGAAGAACAACCAGUUAAAACAAAAUAAUAUGAUCCAUUGAUUAGUUGGGGGCAGAAGAGGUAGACCAGUAGUUCUGUUCAUUCCAACAAUGGAAGCACGCUGUGACCUAGAGGUAGAAGUCAAUGGCGAAGCAACUUUCAUGGUUAACAAGAAAAUUCUAGCUUCUUUCUCAGGUAGAUUCAGCAAGUUAUUUACCAAAUUGACAGGCAGCACAAGAAAGCUGAAAGUAAUAUUCCAUGACUUUCCCGGCGGUCCAUAUGGUUUUGAGCUCAUGUCAAGAUAUUGCUACAACAAUGGCAGCAUUACAAUAACUCCAUCUAAUGUUUUUCUAAUACAUUCUGCUGCACACUUCAUGGAGAUCGGCAAGGAUUGCUCUGCAACUUUUGACUUAGUGGAACAAACCGAAAAUUUUCUCGACGGAAUUAGCAACUGGAGUUGGUCUGAGCUUGUGGUUGCUUUGAAACAUUCCCAGGAUUUACUUCCAGCUCAAGAUGUUUCGAUUUUAUUCGAGAAAAUCUUGGAUUGCCUUGUCGGAAGGCUUGGUUUACCCAUCAUCACAAGUCCAUAUACAACUUUCUCUGAAAAUUCUAGCUUUCAUUGCUCCUGUGAUACAAGGAGCACUGACAGUAGAAGAAACUAUUACAGUGCUUCUCCAACAACAUGGUGGUUUGAAGAUCUUUUGUUUCUAAAAGUUGAUUUGAUUGAGAAGGUAAUACAUACGAUGACAUCGCAGAGAUUAGACCAGGCUAUGAUCUACAAGUUCCUUAUUUUUUAUCUGAAGGCAGGACUUUAUAACGCUGCGACAGCUGACAAGUGUAAAAUCUCAGAGAUUGUAAUCAGUCUGCUCUCUUUGCUCGACCGGAGCUCUCUUUCUUGCAAGGGCUUAUUUGAGGUACAUAGAUUAGUUUCGAGCUUGAGAAUAAGCGAGCAGCACAGAGUCAUGCUGGAGAGUCUGAUAGGUUCGCGACUGGAUCAAGCCACUGUGAAUCACCUACUCAUCACAUCUCCAUGUGAGAAGGAACAAAUGUUUGAUGUAAAUUUGGUUUUGAGGCUUGUAGAGGCGUUUAUCUUUGACGGAAAUAGUUGGAUAUCUUUUGGUCAAUUGAAGAAGGUUGCAAGCUUGAUGGACUCGUACCUCUUUGAAGUCGCCCCGGAUUUGUUUCUGAAACCCUCCAAAUUCGCUGCAUUAGUCUCAGCGAUCCCAGAUUCUGCAAGACGUUCUAAUGACAGAAUUUACCAAGCAGUGGACAUUUAUCUUGAGGUCCAUGCCAGGUUAUCUGAAGCAGAAAGGAUGAGCAUCUGUAGUGCAACUAAUCAAAACGGCUUCCAUUCUAGGCAAAAUUAAUAGCACUUUUAUGAUUAUGUCAUUCUUUUAUUGAAACCAAAAUACCAAAUCUAGCU